AUGCAAAGCCGUACCAAAUGCGACGGCAAGGUCCCGGCGUGUACGCGCUGCGUCGAUGCAGGGACGCAGUGCGUGGGCUUUGACUCUGCCACCCAGCAGGAGGCUCCGCGAUCCAUUGCCGACUUCCUAGAAGCCCACCUGGUCCGGCUCGAGGCUCACAGCACUCAGUCCAAGUUGCACCCCUUGGGCCCACCAAGUGCUGCCAUGCCGUCGCCCGCAGAUUCCAGUGUCUCUGACGCAAAGGCUGGGCAGUGGCGUCCGGAGAAAUGUGCUUUUGCUGAUAGCCUAGUCAACCAAGUUAUGGAGGACAUUACGCCGUCAUUUCUCGGUGUUUGCAAAGCCCGCCCCUUCCUGCAGUGCGUCAUCAAGGGCACUCAGCUGCCUUCGAAAAAGGGGCCGGUUCUGUCCAAUGACUUGAACGAAAACCACCCACGAUCCAUACUGAACCCGCAACAGACUAGAGGCUUGUUCUACGACUUGAUGCCCGAUGAGGUCGGCGCAAACAAGCUGCUGCGCAAUUAUCUGGAUCGCGUCAUCACGCAGUACCCGAUCUACCAUCGCAAUGAUGUGAUAACCGCCUUCAGCUCCAUCUACCACAAGAAUGUCGCAACCCCGGAAGUAGACGAAGAGUCGUUUCGCAACCGCUACAUAGUUUGCAUCAUCAUGGCCAUAUCGCUGACCACCAGCGCGCGAAAUAACGUUCGCAAGGCGAACGACCUAGCCUUUCAGCUGGUUCGCCACGCCAUGCAAUGGAUCCCGGAAGUUGCCACAAACGAUAUCCCUGGACUGCAGGCCAUUUUGCUCCUGACUCAGUACAUUUUCCUGAAUCCGAAAAUGGCAGACUUGUGGCUUUUGACAGGUCUAAUCAGCCAGGCAGUCAUUGACCUCGGUCUUCACCAGGAACUGCCAAGCGACCCCAGGAUAUCGGCCUAUCAGCGCGACAUGCGGCGUCGCUUGUUCUGGUGUGCAUGGGAAAUGGAAGUUGGAGUGUGCUGCAUCUUUUUACGCCCUGCAACACUGCCUAUCCGGCAUAUCGACGUUGCCUUCCCGCUCGAGAUAGACGACACCGCCAUCGCCGAAUGCAGCAUAUCGCAUACUGGGCGCGUCUCGAAAUUCACUCAGCGCAUCAUCUGCCGAUUUCGACUCAUAGAAGCCGAUAUCAUCUCUGUUUUGUGGCAAGGAGAUCCCAUUUCCGAGGAGCACGCAUCAUUGGAACAAUGGAUGCAGCGUUGCGUCGAGAAAAUUACAAGCUGGCAACAAGAAAUAUAUGCCGCAGCCAGCGCCAACAAGGACCACAGCCUGAACGCACGGUGGACAGAGAUGUGCCUGUACUCUGACAUUGCACAUCCUUACAUCUUGUCUUUGCUGAAUCGCUCCUCCCGCCGCAUACCCAACCCGAGCAAGGAGCAGAUGAUGGUUGCUUUGGUGAACGCUGUCAAAGUUGCCGAUGGUUACUUUCUACAGUCUGAAGCAGAAGCUGGGAAGAUCAAAUACGUCUUUCAUCCCUGCCAUCACGUUUUCAAUUGUGCCCUCAUAUUCCUCCAGGGCUUGCAGCGUUGCAAAAGAGAAGUCGCACGUCUUUAUCCUUGGCAACAAGUGGAGGAUUGGAUGAACGUUUUUUCAAAAUGUUUCCUGUCCAUCUCGGAGCGAUGGGCAGCCGCGCGGAGAUGCUACGAGGAAUACGAACGAUUGCUACCACCGGUGAAGAGCGAAUACUUGGAGUAUCUGGACCAGAAGGUGAGCCUCCAUCCGCCAUCGCUUCAACAGGCUACUUCGGAUUCGAGUAGUCGCUACGAAUAUCAAAUACCGCCUCCUGUCCUUACAGAGGUCGACGAGGCUUAUCAGUUCUGGACCAUCUUCAACCCUACUACUUCAGCAAUCGAUGGCGCGGAUCCACUCGGUACAUGUUCAUACAAUCUACCGCCUCGAGACUGGAACGCGGAAUUCUCCUUGAACGUGAACGAUAAUCUGGAAAUGGUCUCGGAUACGUCAUGA